UUUUUACUUUGUAAACACAAUUUUUUCCUUCAAUUUAUUCUGAACUUUCAAAAUUCAUUUUCGUCUAACAAAAAUGAUUUUUUCUAAAAUUAGUAGCAAAGUUUCAAAUUUUCUGUAUACAUAUUUCCCUAUUGCACAUAAACGUACGUUUGAAAAGUCCGCUAUGUCCGGUAAUAAGAACGAGGAGGCGACCAUGCAUUGUGCCGACAUCGCGGAGAAACAGAAAUCCAGGGCCACAAAUCCGUUCUUCGUCUUCCUGCACGAGUUCCGGCAGAACCUAAUGAAACGUGGCGCCUACAAGCACAUGUCAGCGAAGGAGAUUGCCUGCGCGGCCGGCGAACGCUGGCGUCAAAUGUCGUCCGACGAGAAACUCAACUAUGUGGUGUGGGCGCGCAAGAACCAACAGCAAUUGGACCCACGUUUGCGCGUAUCGCCGGGCAAGGCGCAACGUGAAGUGCACGGCAACCGUAGUGAGAGCAAGUCCUUGCGCCGUCGCGGAUCUCGUCGGUCGAAAAAGGUCACCUUGCAGAAGCGUCGUCCGAGCUAUAUAAAAUGAAUGCGACGUAGAUUGUCGUACAUCCCACGGUUGGAGGAAUAGUUGCCAUACACCUUUGAUGGGAAGUGAAAUUUUUCUUGUGACGUAUACUCAUUCUCUGUCUUGUUUAUUUUGUGUAUUCUUAAAUUCUCUUUCAAGAAUGUGACAGUAAAAAUAUUUUAUAACCGCUUUACUUUAA